CUCAGCGCGCCCUGCAGUGAUUCGCGGGCUCAGCUGUGAGCUGCAAGGGAUCCUGCAAUCCAUUUCACCAUUUCAGACAAUACACACACAGCUCGGCCAGCACCAUCGCAUGCUACCCUCCCUUCUAGCCUGAUUGUGAUUGUGAUUAGCAGGGUUGCCGGAAGCGGGUAAACAGCGCGACACGAAAAUCCCAGAACACGGCAAGCCCUCGUUUCAGAAGGGCAGGCAGUGGCGAGCCCAGCAGCGGCCCAGCACAGCGACUAACCAGCAAAAUGAAUGCGACAAAACGGAAAUUCAACGCCCUCCUCCAGGGGAUCGGCGCCCGUCCUACCUCCCCCGCGGCCUCCCCUUCCUCGGACAACAUCCACGCCACCCCAGCAUCGCUCGCCGCUCCCGCCAGUCCAUACCCCGCCAGCUCCCCUCUGGCCUCCAGGAGCUCUCCCAUGAUCUCGAGGACACCGUCGGCCGCGAACAACGACACAAACGACCCCGCCACGAUGCGCCUGUUCUCGAACUCACCCUCCGCCUCCGCAGCGACCGCAGACUACCUCAAACGCCGCCGAGUAGGGACUCCCAGCUCGACGCCCGCCGGAGACCGCGCCGACAGCCCCUCCAUCUCUGUCGUCGGCGGCGGAGCGGGCGUGACGCUGCGGCGGACAAUUGGUUCCUUGUCCUCCUCGACCUCCCUGGUCGCGGGGCGGGAUAAAGCGGGCUCCUCGGCUCCACGGUACUGCCCCGGCGACCGCGACGAGCUGGUCCGUCGGUUGGCGACUUUCCAGGAGAUCACGGACUGGACGCCUAAGCCGGACCGGGUAAACGAGAUCGAGUGGGCUAAGCGCGGCUGGGUCUGCCAGGGAAAGGAGCGCCUGCGCUGCACGCUGUGCAGCAAGGAGCUUGUCGUCAAGUUGAACCGCAAGGUAGUCGACGGCAAGGAGGUGUCUGUGCUGGUGGCCUCGGAGAUUGAGGAUGCGCUCGUCGACAAGUACGUCGAGCUCAUGGUCGAGGCGCAUCAGGACGACUGCCUGUGGAGAAAACGAGGCAGUGAUGACCACCUUAUCCGACUACCCCUCGCAAACUCUCAUUCCGCGCUCGAAGGCCUUCGGAAGAGGUACGACGAGCUCUGUUUCCGCAAGGACUUCCUGCCCUACGAAUUCAACCUCCGCCUUCCCGAGUCGCUGGACCUCAACGCCAUCCUCCGCGAUCUGCCGCCCAGCUUCUUUACCGAGCCGCCGCGGCCGGCACCUCCCCGUGGGCUCCCCGACGGGCCCGCACCAACGGCCGCGCCGAACCGCUCCGCCCUGGCCCUCGCCCUGAUGGGCUGGCAGGGCCUCGAGAACCCCAAGAUCGGCGCGGUGCCCAACUCGGCGUCUUGCCACACGUGCCUGCGCCGGCUCGGGCUCUGGAUGUUCAAAAGCAAGGAGGUCGACCCAGACACCAACGCGGUGCUCGUCCCCGCAGCCAUGGACCACCUCGACCCCCUGCGCGAGCACCGCUUCUUCUGCCCCUGGAACAACGCCGAGGUCCAGCGCAACCCCGGCGGCGGCGGCGGGAGCAGCACCAACAGCAGCAGCCGCCUUGCGGGCUGGCAGGUCCUGGCGCAGGUCGUCAAGAACGAAGCCUACCUCCGGAACCGGGGCGCCAAGGGCGGCAACAGCGGCGGCGGCGUGGGCUCGCGGCUCUUUGGGCAUAAGGGGUCCAAGAGCGUGGGCGGGCAGCCGGUGCCGGCGGCCACGGCACCGACGACGCCCGUGCGCUCCUCUACUACGGCGACGGCGGCGGCAGCGGGAGCCACAACACCGCCGCGGGCCGGGGCCGACGAGGAGCCGGAGGAGGACGAGGCGACGCGGGACGCCAAGGACAAGGAGCGCUGGGCGCGGCUGCGGCGCGUCAAGAGCCUGUUCGACCCAAAGGGCUCCAAGAAGGCGCGGCGCAUGACGACGACGGCUAGCAGGCCAGGCACGGGCCACUCGACGCCGCGGCCAGAGACGGGCGGUGGCGCGUCGGUGCAAGCUGGCUGAGGAUGAGCGCCCGACGUAGAAGGGGAUUGGGGGUUCCUCGUUCGAACGACUAAUCAUGCUAUGGGAUGGGUUUUCUUGCGACUGUAUUUGUACCCCGCGUGGGACAUCAGAACAUGUACGAUGGGUUGCCUUUGCUGAUUUAGCCAUCACGUUGCUUCUUAGAAGUUGGUAGAGCCGCGGUUCCUCUUUCUUUCAUAUUUGCUAUCUUCUAGCCUGAAUCUAUCGAUCGCCUUCACGCCAGAUUGAUCCGUUCUAUGUUGGGAUAAGCCCGUUCUCA